AUGCCCCGGGACAACGUGGCCUCGCUGAUCCAGCGGGUGGCGCGGCAGGCGCGCCUCACCUUCCGCAGCCCCGCGGCGCCCGCCUCCGGCGAGGAUCUGCACCGCCUGCGGCAGCUGCUGGACGAGGUGCGCGCCGAGGACCUGCACCUGGCGCCGCGGGGGCCGGCGCCCGUGUCGGCGGGCGGCGCGAGCGCGCGGGCCGGCGCGGUGCCGCCCGUGAGCUACAUGCACAUCUGCGAGACGGAGAGCUUCAGCAUGGGCGUGUUCCUGCUGCGCGGCGGGGCCUGCAUCCCGCUGCACGACCACCCGGGCAUGAACGGCAUGCUCAAGGUGCUCUACGGCACGCUGCGCAUCGCCUGCCUCGACACGCUGCCCGCCGCCGCCGCCGCGCCGCCCCCCGCCGCCGCCGCCGCCGCGGGGCCGUGGCAGCGCGCGCUGCUCCGCUCGCGGCAGCUCUACACGCGCGCCUCGCCGCCCUGCCUGCUCGCGCCGCACACCGACAACCUGCACCAGAUCGACGCCGUGGACGGGCCCGCCGCCUUCCUCGACAUCCUGGCGCCGCCCUACGACCCCGAGCACGGCCGGGACUGCCACUACUACCGGCUGCUGGAGCCGCCGGCCGCCGAGCCGCCCGCGCUGCCGCGCGAGGUCUGGCUGCUCGAGACGCCGCAGGCCAGCGACUUCUGGUGCGGCGGGGAGCCCUACCCGGGGCCGCGCGUGAGCCCCUGA